AUGGCGGACGAUUUGGAACGCCGCAAAAGGCGACCGUUGGAGCUAACUGGCCGAGAUGAAGUACUGGACAACACACCAAACUACGCGGAUGCCGAAACAAUGGCUCAACGACGCAUUGUGCGGGUGCAACGUGCGCCGACGGGUGAUGCAGCACCGUCGUUGGGAGGGGCAUUCAAGGCAGUGCCUGCCAUCUCGCCGGCGGGGGGGCCAACACUUUUCACAAAGUUUCUGGCAAGCGACAGUGCCAACACCAACAGCAGCAGCGGUGCCACUUCUGCACCGGCCACAGCGUCCUUGCUUUCUGAUGGAAAGACGGCGGGUAGUCUCUUCGCAGGAGCCAAAAACCUCACGUUUGGUGUUAGCAGCAGGAGCAGUACUGGCGUCAACGAUGCAAGCGACAACAGUGAUAAAACCAACAAGACCCAUGAUAGUGUCGUUGCCGCUGGUCACGAGGAAGGUGCGGGGACAUCUCUAUUUGGAGGGACGUUCAAGUUCGGCGGUGCCCCAAACACUUUUGCGGCGGCCAAGGAGCGAAUGGCGAAGACAGCUGCCAACACACAAGAGGAAGCACCUGCACAAGAGAAGCCUGCCCCCAGCGCCGCACUUGCGCAAGCGGAUCCUGUCACACCUUCAACCGAAGAUGUGCUGGCGUGUGUGUCUUGUAAGCUGUUUAUAUUUAAGUCGGAAACGAAAAGUUGGGCGGAAUGUGGCGCCGGUGACGCGAAAGUGAAGCGACAUAACGCCUCAAAAGCCGAGGACGGGGAGGAGGCAGGAAAGUGUCUUUAUCGCCUGACUGUUCGCGAUGGUUACGCCCUCAACGAGCUACUGUGCAGUAAUUUUUAUCUCACGAAGGCAGAGGACACACACGUCAUUUUUACCGUACCAAAAAAUAACGGGGUUGCAACUUACUUUGUGAAGUACACGGGACAGCAGGCGGAAGCGCACGGCGCGGAGUUUACAAAGACGUUAAAGGAGUCUUUGAAGUUGGCCCAAGAAGACUCCUCCUAG